AGCGUGUACAUAUAUAAAUAGAGAUAGAGUACAUGUCAAGUAACUAUCACAUUUAAUUAUACUCAGAUUACAAACAAAAAAAAACAGAGAAAAAACCCUAAAGAAGAUCGAAUAGGUAAGAUGGAGCAACUUCGGAGAGAUGAUGAUUGGAUUGUGGACGAGUCUUCGUUGUCGAAGGUCUCUUCUCUUGGCGGAGGCAGCUUCGGUCGCGUCUCUCUCGAGAAGGACUCUAACUCCGGCCGACUCUACGCAAAGAAGUCAUCGCGGAUGCAUCUCCAAAAGAUUCUCGAGAAGGAGCUCAGGAUCAUGCAUCGUUUCCGCAAUCAUCCUCGCAUCGUCCAAGCUUCAAACAAGCUUCACUUUCAAACAAAACCCUAUGAAUAUUGCAACAUUUUUAUGGAGUACGCCUCCAAAGGUAAUCUCUAUAAGAUUUUAUCUGGUUUCCCCGACAAAUCACAGCCCAUACCAGAGUCUUUGGUCAGUCGCGCGGCUCGUAUGAUCCUAGAAGGACUCGUGGCUCUUCACUCCCAUGGUUACGUUCACUGCGACCUCAAGCCAUCCAACGUUCUCGUCUUCCCUUCCACAACUCCUGGAGAGCCGUGGGAUCUCAAGCUUGCUGAUUUCGGAUCAUCCAAGGAACCUGAUUCUGAAUAUGAUUUUAUGUCCCUUGGUACGGCUCAGUACAUACCAUCAGAGUCUUUUGGGCCAAACGGACUGAUCAAUCCGGGACAUAUCGAUCCGCGCCUUGAUAUAUAUGCUCUAGGGUGUGUGGUUUAUGAGAUGUUUGGAGCUUUACCGAAGCAGGAGUACUUUGAAUAUUAUUACGAUUGGAUAUUGCAUCGAGAAAUCUCUCCGGAGGCUCAAGAUUUCUUGAGGCGGUGCCAUGACAUGCAUCCACACAGGCCCAACGCGACAGAGCUCUUGAACCAUUCUUUCAUUACGCAGAGACUUCCAUGGCCAACCACAGAAAACGACAAGGAGAUAUCAGCUAGGUCGUUAAUUCCAAGUGUCUCCAAGCUUCUUUUGACCUGAUCUUCUUAUUCCU